AUGGUGAGCUCUAAGAUGCUGCUGCCCCUGCUGCUGCUGCUGUGGAUGCAGGGAGAAUGGCAGUGGGGGCUGGGAAGAACUGUGCGUCGUUUACCCUCAAGGUGCUCGCGUGAGAGUCUGAAAUACAGACUAGAGGUGCCCGAGUCAGUGAGUGUCCAGGAGGGCCAGUGUGUCCUCGUGCCUUGCCAAAUCCUGGACUCUCCAGUGAACUCCAUGACUGUCUCUGGCUCCUGGUUUGAGGAAGGGGCCGAUACAAGACAUGACUCCCCUGUGGCCACAAACGACCCCCAACGCCAAGUGCAGGACAGAACCCGGGGACGAUUCCGCCUCGUCCUGAAGGCACAGACCAAGAACUGCUCCCUACACAUCAGAGACGCACAGAAGGGUGACAGUGGCUCAUACUUCUUUCGGCUGGAUGCAUUAGAUGUACAUUGGAGUUACUGUGCAGACCUGGUCUCUGUGGAAGUGACAGCCCUGACCCACACCCCCAACAUCCUCAUCCCUGGGACCCUCAUGCCAGGCCACCCCAGCAACCUGACCUGCUCUGUGCCCUGGGCCUGUAAGCAGGGGACACCCCCCAUAUUCUCCUGGUGGUCAGCUGCCCUCACCUCUCUGGGCUCCAGGACCACACACUCCUCUGUGCUCACCCUGAGCCCCCAGCCCCAAGAUCACGGCACCAACCUCACCUGUCAGGUGAUGUUACCUGCUGUUGGUGUGCGCGUCGAGCGGACCAUGCUGUUCAAUGUCAGUGAUACCAUGGAGAGGAAGACCAUCACUAGCACAAUGAGACGGACCCUGCACUUGGGGUCCAGCACUCCACCUAUAGCCUGA